GGGUGAGAUUUUGUGGUAUAUUUUUCAUGGUGGGUUGUUUUACUGGUUGUUUCUUAUAACCAGGAGGUGGUAGCCAGCUCUCUUAUUCGUUAAAGAGGCCAAGUAUUACAACUAUAAAAUCAACUAAAUUUUCUGAGAAAUAUGAUAAAAAUACAGCCUUAAUUGUAGUGAAACAAUUGAACAAUAUUAAAAACAAGAUGAAUCCAAGUGAUCGUGCAAAAUGGGUGUUAUUGGCUAUUUGGAUUGGAAUUAAUGCACUGCUAUUUGGUGUCACUUUUGAAAAAUACAACUCAAGCAAGGAAUACUAUUAUCUCAGAGUUUUAACAAAGUCAGGUCUACCAUGGGCAAGAGCUUCUGCAACUGUUAUCAACUUCAAUUGUCUGCUAAUUCUCCUUCCAGUCUGUCGAAAUAUGUUAUCCUUUCUUCGAGGCCUUGAUUGUUGUGGCAUGGGACAAAACCUUCAACGUCUGCUGGAUAAAAAUCUGAAAUUUCAUAAAGUCAUUGCUUAUGCUAUUUGUCUCUUCACAGCAAUACAUAUAGGUGCACAUGUCUUCAACUUUGAGAAUCUUGUGAGAGCUUACGAUGGCACAAAUCUUGAGCACUCAUUGAGUAUUUUGGGUGAUUCUGGCGACAAAACAUACAUAAAUCCUGUUAGGAAACAAAAUUCUGAUCCUCCAACUGAAGUCUUUCGUACAGUGGCUGGAGUUUCUGGAUUCAUAAUAACUAUCAUGCUAAUCUUGAUGGUAACAUCAUCUACAGAACUUUUAAGACGUUCAUAUUUUGAAGUGUUCUGGUACACCCAUCAUUUGUUUGUUAUUUUCUUUGUGGGACUGAUCGUCCAUGGCAUGCAGGGUUUAGUACGCAGACAAACAAACACUGAUGAACAUGAUCCAGAAAGAUGCAAGGGAGAUAUCAACAAAUGUCGUCGUCUGCCGCAUUUUGAAUCGUCUGGACCUCAGACUUGGAAGUGGAUUGUCUUACCACUAUCAUUAUAUUUCAUUGAAAGGUGUAUUCGUUUUGUAAGAUCCAUGCAAAAUGUCGCAAUUACAAAGGUCGUUAAACAUCCGUCAAAUGUUAUUGAAAUUAAAAUGAAGAAACCUGGUUUCAAUUACUCUGCUGGACAAUACGUGUUCCUGCAAUGUCCAAAAAUAUCCAGAUUAGAAUGGCAUCCUUUUACCUUAACAUCCAGUCCAGAGGAGGAAACAUUUAGUGUUCAUAUUCGUACAGUUGGAGAUUGGACAACAUCGUUCUCGAAAGCUUGUGUUGGUGAGGGUAUCGUGGUGAAUGAUCUCAACAAUGCUCCAAGUAUUUCUGUUGAUGGACCAUUCGGGACAUCCAGCUCUGGUUAUUUCAAAUAUACAACAUGUGUGUUUAUUGGAGCUGGAAUUGGCGUCACUCCAUUUGCAUCUAUUUUGAAGUCAAUAUGGCACCGUCAUGAACAUUCAUGUCCUUCGCUUCAAAUCCAAAAGAUUUAUUUUUACUGGAUCUGUCCAGAUACGAACGCUUUCGAGUGGUUUGCGCAGCUAUUGGAAAGUCUUGAAAGCCAGAUGGCUGAAAAAGGAAACCAUGGAUUUUUAAGUUACAAUAUUUAUCUUACCCGAGGCUGGAGCAAGGAAGAGGCAAGAAAUAUUAUGGUUCGUGACGAAAGGCAAAGCGUCGAUGUCAUCACAGGUUUAAGACAAAAAACUCAUUUUGGUCGCCCGGAAUGGACAAAUAUCUUCAAGACAAUCGCAAAUGAUAAUCCAAGUACUGACGUUGGUGUUUUCUUCUGUGGCCCACAAUCCCUAUCUCAUACGUUGCAUAUCCUGUGUGAUCAAUACAGCACAUUACAGGAAGGAGUAAAGUUUUUUUAUAAUAAGGAAAAUUUUUGAAUUUUUUAUUCAAUCCAAUAUUACUAACUAUUAAGGUGUGAUGUCAUGUCCCACCGCGCCCAAUUAAUUAAUAACUCCGAUUUUUCACCCAUUUUGCUUUUAUAAAAUAAAAGCCUACUUAAUUGUGCAAAACCAAAACGAAACUGUCAUCGUGAGCAAGCUAAACUUGCCUUGAUUAUUUUGCCUGACGAAUGAUGAGCGGGCACAUUCUUCGCCCUUGUCUGACAGAUGACUCAAGUCUUUUUACUUUGAGUUCGUUCACCGGCACCGAAAUAAUACUAUACAAUGAAUUGGUGUAAAUGUUUGUAAACGCUUUCAAGUUAAAUUGAAAUAGACAAAGAAUGACUUUUUGCUUUGGAUUACUAUGAGGCUAAUAUUGAAAGUUUCUUUUCCGCAAAUGGCGCUUAGGCGGAAAUGACGCACAGACAGCUGAUUUGCAUGAUAUGCUAAAUUUGCGAAAAUGAGCUCAUGGUGGCACUGUAAUAGGAAUUGAGAUGUUAAUCAGAUCUGAAUAAUCCCAUCUGGCCAUGAAAUUAUAGAAUAUGGAAAUAAAUAUUUCUGUAGUAACGGCAUGUUUUCUUUCAACUGUUUAUGUAAAUAGUUAUUUUGGGUAAAUUGUAAAGUUACUAAACAUUUUUAGGUAUUUAAAAAAACUUUCUGCAUCUUUUGUGUCAAUUUCUCCCAA